AUGCCAAUGUUUGGCUAUCAAAAGGACCACCGUCGUUCCCACUUCUCUGCGGGACGCCGACCUUCUAGUGCGCUUGACGACAAUUCAUUCGACGAUCGAACAUACCAAUCUUCGUCUACGCAGCGCAACAGUUUCGAGCUAGUCCAAUCGGAAGCGCUCCAACUUUUGGAUAAGCGUAAAAGACGCAAGCGUGUCAGGUACAGCUGCACAGAGUGUCAUCGUCGCAAGCACAAGUGCGAUCGCGAAACUCCAUGUGGCAAGUGCGUAGAGCGAGGUGUUGCUUCCUCCUGCGCCCCUUCGGGUGGUGACGAUUCCGAUGUACACGAGCGUAUGCGCCAGCUCGAAAAUGCUCUUGCUCGCCUUGUACAGGCUACACGUUCCAAUUCCGACCCGAUCGACCCUCAGCAGAAUCAGCCCGAAUCGGCUCCACCCACCUACAGCGCUCACAAUGCCAACAACGCAACCACCUCAGGCAGCUUGUCACCUGCUCCCAGGCCGGUAUCCUCGUAUCCCACUUCCAACGCUAGGCAAACUAGAUCGUCAACACCACGCCGCAAGAGCAAUCCUGCUAUCACCACAGCCGCCUCGCUGCCUUUCCGCGCACAGGUCGGCUCCGAAAUUCUCGAGUUCUCCUCAUCCACCCAGAGCUAUCCCCCUUCGGCUCAUUACGAGCGACUCGUCCGCGAGGGGAAUCUGCACCAAGAUGAGAUCCGGACAUUGGCAUCUGGGCUUCCUUCUCAAGACGAGACAGCUACCUUGCUCGACGUCUUUUUCCGCGACAUUAAUCCGCUCAUGUUUCCUUUUGACGAAUUGUGGUUUCGUGAAGCGCUCAACUCGGCCGUCGAUGUGAUAUGGGGUGAUCAAGACGUUAUGUAUGGUCAAGAUGGGCCGGAUCAUCUCUCUCUGAUCACUCUUCUUUAUGCCGUACUGGCUCUCACUUCGCUCUCCCUGCCUCUCUCGCUGGGAACUGAGGCUCACGGUGCCGCUCAGGCUGCUCGAUGGAGCUUCCAAUGUCGCAAAUGCCACAUGCUCGCCACAUCUAUCCAGUGCCAUGAUCUUUUCAUCGUUCUCUCCUACAUCCUCUCGGCGCGUUUCUUAGUUCUGCAACGUCAGGCAAAGGACAGCUGGCUCACUCUGGGCUCGGCUAUCCGGGAGGCUCAAAUCUUGGGUCUACACCGGCUCGGCCCGACUCCUCAAAUGGGCGCAGACGAAAGUAGAACAACAGUCAUGCGCCGCACCAUCUGGAUGCAUCUCUACUUUGAAGAUUGCUUCCUCAGCCUCAUCGUAGGCCAAGCACCCUCGAUUCACGAUACGUUUUGCGAUACAGCGCCUCCAGCACGUCUGCCUUCGCCCUCUACAGACGCGGAUGCUAUCCACUUUGACCUCGGACUUAUCCUCCAUAUUCGAAUGGAUAUGUGCCGUAUCGUCAGCAGGAUACUCGACCUCUUCUUUUCCGAUGAGCACGACAUGACCUACGAUGCCGUCCUGCGUCUCGACCGCGAGCUGCAAGAUUUCCAGGAUUGUCUGCCGUUGCCUUACCGUAUGGACGACGCUCGCACUGGUUAUGUUUUCGCCAAAUUUCGGACUGGCGCAGACGAUGGCGUCUUCCGCAGAGUCGCUCUUCAACGCUUUCUGCUCCAUGUCAGCAUCAGCUACCUGCUCGUUUCGUUGCACCUCCCGUAUUUGCGCAGAGGCAGCGCUGAUUCGGGGUUUGAAAGAUCGCGCCAAGCAGCCAUAGACGCGGCGAUAUGUGAUCACAGCGCUAGGCAAGAGCUGCGUCAGCAUGUGGACUGGCCCGAUCAUCUCGCAAGGGACGGCUUCGUCGGCGGUCGCUUCUUCUACUUUCAUGCUACUUCGGCUCUGGGAAUCUGCCUUCUCUCAGAACCAGACUCGAAGCAGGUGCGGCGCUUAGCACCGCUUCUUGACGAGUUUCUCAAAGUUGCAAAGCACCACCAGCGCCAGCAAGGCGUCGACCCGAAUCGUUGCAUUCGCCAGGAAAUCGGAAUCGUCAGUCUCAUACGUGGACGCGUCAGGCGUAGACUCGACUCUGGCACGUCGACGUCGAGCCUGCACCUCGAGAACCCUACAUCGCCGAUAUCGUUACAGAAUUCUAGCAGCGCCCAGACGCGAGAUUCACUGAAACGACACCCACGCCGCACUGCCGCCGACCCAACCUCCCCGCGAGCCGUGCCAAAUGUUGCCGAUCAAGUGCCGUUAGACAUGGCAUUACCAGCGCCAAGAUCAGAGCUCAUGGAUACGCGCCAGCCAGAGAUAGGAGAGGACAUGUACGAUUGGUGGUCCUGGCUCGUCUCUAACCUUACUCCCUCAGAUAUGGCGUUUGACACGGCUCUGACGGGUACGGCUCCAGUGCAACACACACCUACAGAAUGA